AUGUCCCACGUUCCUAACGUUUUGAUAAUUGGUACUGGCGGUGUAGGAUCAAUUGUCGCAUAUGGGAUUGACUACUUAAACAAAUCAAAUCUCGCAAUUGUGGUCAGAAGAGAUUACGAAAAGGUAAAAAGCCAGGGCUAUGACGUUGAGUCCGUAGACUAUGGUACUGUCAAAGGCUGGAAGCCCUCAAAAAUCUUUCCAUCAGUUGAAGCUGCUUCGAAGGGUGGUGUGGUAUUUGAUUUUGUGGUUAUCGCCACAAAAAACUUACCCGAUAUUGUAAAAGUCGAAGAAUUAGCAGAUUCGGUCAUUACCCCGGGCAAGACAGUGGUCGUUUUGGUCCAAAACGGAUUCGACCUAGGUCGUCCGUUCUUUGCCAAAUACCCCGAAAAUGUCAUUCUAUCAAGUGUGACUUACAUCGGGUCGCACAACAGUCAAGGUGCAAUACAUCAAACACAGUCUGACAAGUCUUUCAUUGGGUUCUUUGAAAAUCCACAUCUGCCUAAAAGGAUUCAGGAAAAAAAGGCUAAAGACUAUAUUUCUAUCUACAAAAAUGACAAGAACAACUGCACAUAUGUGCCAGAUACCAAAACCCACAGAUAUCGCAAACUUGUCUAUAACGCCACGAUGAACACCGUCUGUGCGAUUACGGGUGUCGAUACCGGUAGAGUGGAAUUUGCUGGUGGAUUAGAGACCCUGUGUAUACCCGCUAUGAAAGAGGUCAUUGCUGUUGCCAAGGCAGAUGGUGUAGAUCUUCCAGCUGACGUGAUCAAUGAUACAAUUCAUGGCGAUGAUGGGGAUUGGUUUGAGCCGUCCAUGCUGGUAGACGUGAAAAAGGGGAACCCUAUUGAACUAGAGGUAAUAUUGGGUAAUCUUCUUCUUGUUGCCAAGGAAUUGCAUGUUGAGACGCCUGUUCUCACGAUGCUUUACAAUUUGCUGAAGGUUAUCCAAUUCCGCCUUAAGGAACAGCAGGGAACAGUAGUUCUCCCGAAAGAUCGUCCCAUUUAUGACAAGAUAUAUUCAUAG